CAUUCCAUUUUUUAUAUCCUUGAAUCUACUCUUCGGAUGGCUUUCGAGUUUCGAUUUUUUGUUUUCAUGCUCCCCGUUUUUGAUUUUCCCCACCAGGCCUGGCUGCAACAAUAUGGGUACCUGCCCCCGGGCAACCUUCGCACCCACACCCAGCGUUCUCCCCAGUCGGUGUCGGCCGCCAUCGCUGCCAUGCAGCGUUUCUACGGACUUCGAGUGACGGGCACAGCCGAUAGUGAGACUAUGACGGCUAUGAAGAGGCCUCGUUGUGGCGUCCCGGAUAAAUUUGGAGCGGAAAUUAAAGCCAACGUGAGGCGCAGGCGCUACGCGAUCCAAGGUUUCAAGUGGCAGCAAAUGGAUCUUAGUUUCUGCAUCCAGAACUAUACCCCCAAGGUUGGCGAACAGGCCACCUUUGCCGCGAUCCGACGGGCCUUCCGCGUCUGGCAAUCGGUGACGCCGCUGCGUUUCCGCGAGGUGCCUUACUCGUCCGUGCGGGAGGGCCGUGAAACGCAGGCGGACAUCAUGAUCUUCUUCGCCGAUGGCUUCCAUGGUGAUAGCACCCCGUUCGAUGGUGAAGGCGGCUUCUUGGCCCAUGCCUACUUCCCGGGGCCCCACAUCGGUGGCGACACUCACUUUGACGCGGCCGAGCCCUGGACCUCUCGCAAUGAUGACCUCAGCGGAAAUGACAUCUUCCUGGUCGCCGUCCAUGAGUUGGGUCACGCACUAGGGUUGGAGCACUCGAACGACCCUUCUGCCAUCAUGGCUCCUUUCUACCAGUGGAUGGACACGGAGAACUUCGAGCUGCCAGAAGAUGACCGGCGGGGGAUACAACAGCUCUAUGGAUCGGAAGGUGGCCAUCCCACUAAACUUCCCCCCAUCCCUCGGACGACUCCCAAACCCAGAAAUCCUCACAGGCCCCCCAAGAACCCGACAUAUGGCCCCAACAUCUGCGACGGACGGUUUGACACCAUUGCGGUACUCCGGGGCGAGAUGUUUGUUUUCAAGGAUAAAUGGUUUUGGCGAGUACGUAACAACCGUGUGAUCGACGGAUAUCCCCUCCCGAUCGGACAGUUCUGGGUCGGUCUUCCUGCCUCGAUCAACACGGCCUACGAGAGGAAAGAUGGGAAAUUCGUCUUUUUCAAAGGAGACAAACAUUGGGUUUUCAACGAAGCCAACUUGGAGCCGGGAUACCCGAAACAUAUCAAGGAGUUAGGAAGGAGGCUCCCCACAGAUCGGAUCGACGCUGCCCUUUUCUGGAUGCCGAGUGGGAAAACGUACUUUUUCCGAGGAAACAAGUAUUAUCGCUUCAAUGAGGAGACCCGAUCUGUCGACGCGGAUUACCCUAAGAACAUUGAUGUUUGGGGGGGAAUUCCCGACUCACCCCGAGGCGCAUUUAUGGGCAGUGACGAAGCCUUCACCUACUUUUACAAGGGAGACCGUUACUGGAAGUUUAACAAUGAGAACCUCAAGGUCGAACCGGGCUACCCCAAGUCGGUGUUGCGAGACUGGAUGGGAUGCGCCACCGAUGACCGUCGCGAAGGAGAAGAAGUCAUCAUCAUUGAGGUGGACAAUGCUGAGGAAGGCGGGCUGAACGCCGCCGCGGUGGUGAUCCCCGUCCUGCUACUCCUCACCAUCUGCGCCGUGGGAGUCGCCAUUCUGAUCUUCAAGCGUUACGGCACGCCCAAACGGUUACUCUAUUGCCAGCGGUCUCUGCUGGACAAGGUGUGACCGUCCUUUGGGGAUGUUUCAGGAGGACAGGUCUCACCUGCUUUCCACCCUGUGUACCUGCCUGUCACAAUUCGGGUCCGGUCUCUUUGUCGCCACCUUUCGAGUCGUCGUUCUCCUGGCACUCCAUUCCUCCCUGCUUCUCCAUCCCGUUUUCUGUCGGACAUCUUGUCCAGCUCGCCUGCUUGCCGGCCAUCAGCCACGUUCUCUCUUUCUCUCUCCAAGAGCUUUUCUUGACGAUAAUGGUCCUCCUUCUUUCCUUCCUGUCUUCCCCACAGUCCUCUCUUUCCUUCCAAUGGCGUUUCUGUUAUCCGUUCUCACCUCACUGGCCAAGCAGGUGUGCUGAGCGCACCCCUUAAUUAAUCCGAUGAGGCAGAAAGUUGAGGGAGUCCACUCUACGGGGGUUAUGGCCAGGCCAACCCAUUUGUUGACCUCGUUAGAGAAAGGACACCUCUCCUGACCUUCCCGCUUGCAAAACCGGUGGGCUGAAAUCCAUACCGCGAACACUGUUCAUCCUCCUGACCGUCCCGUGGAAUUUCAAAUCUAAAAAUUGGUCUCUAGGUCUCUCUCUGGCCACCUUGCUGGUCCUUCCUUCUGAGGGCAAACGGUGGAGAACCAUCUCGCCGAACCAGUAAACCGCAAUGGGUAGGGAAGUUGCAAGUGGUGGCUCGUUGGUGGGCGAAGAGGUGAUAAGAGCUCAUAUCUAGAGACCCAUGGAUCUAGAAGGGAAUCACAGGGGAUCUUCUCCUUCCAAUUGGGCGAGAGGAAAGGAAGAACCAUGGCUGCUGACCGGCGAUGGUGUCUACCGAUCCGACAUAGCAGGGAGAAAAAUGGGUAGGCCGCUAGGGUUGGAAACGUCAACUUUCCUUGGGGAGGGUGGGUGGUAGCGAAGAAUCAUAAAGGGCCUAACUGGUCAGGUGGGAAAGGGGGUGGUGGGGGUUAAGCCGAGCUUUCCUCAUGAUGUAAUGAAGUGGACCAUUGGUACCUUGUUCAUAUUGGAAAAUGGGGCAUGUUUGAGAGAGAAAGGGAGGGAGGGAGGGAGGGAGGGAGGGACCAAGAUUAUGUGGGCUAUGCAGGAGAUGCUUGCCGAGACCAGUUGUCCCAUCUGGGUGCCUUCCAUUGGUUAAGUUCCAGGGUCGUUCAAAAAGUCAAGAUGGCCACCAUCCUUGACCGCCAUCUUGAUUAUUAUUUUUGGUUUGGAACCGCUCCCGUGGGCACCCCAGGUUAGGACUCAUUUUUCAAGGCUUGUCGGACAUUUUGGCCAAGAAUUUGGGGAUGGAGUCCUCCGUUUCCCUGGAGGACACCUGUCUGGGGAUGAGGCUGACCCACCAAAUCCAGAUGUUGGCAGGGCCGCUUCUGGAAGUGUUAACCUCUCCAUCUGACGAUAUUAACCUGGUGUUUACAGUUGUCCCUUAAAACAGGGACUCUCCAACCUUAAGACUUAUGGACUUCAACUCCCAGAAUUCUCCAGCCAGCACGGCUGUCUUGAGGGAUUCUGGGAGUUGAAGUCCACUGGCAUUGUCAUUUUCCCCCCCAUUAUAGGUGUAUAUUUAUUAAUACAGAUAAAAGAGCGUACGACACUGUUAGAAAGCAACUCAUUUUUGACAAACAUAACCAGACACACAUUAGAC